AUGAGCUUGCGCAGUAAAGUCUCUCAAGUCGGCGAAGAUGCCAGGCAAUUGGUGGCCGUGCCUGAGGAACGAUUCCGCGAGCUCGUGUCGGCAGAAGUGUCCUUCCUCGCUUCGGUCCCCGUUCAGCCUGUUAGCAUGCGCCAGAUUGUGACCUGGUGUGAUACACGCGACAUGAUCCCAUUCAUCCAGACGGAAAUUCCAAAACGGUUUGCGCUGCGGAUACGUCUCAUUGAGACCUUAGAAGGCUGGCAGGACAUUCCCGAGCUAGCGAAGCUCCAUCACAGAUUGACGAGGUGGUACCGGGAGUUGGUGUUGCUGAACUACAGUACGCAGGACUGCGGGCACCUCACCAAGACGCUGAAGUCAAUACGGGACGAAGGCCGAGAUGUUAUUGCCGUCUCAGCCUCCGGCAUCUACAAGCUACACAAAAUGAAGAAGCAGAAGCAGCAAGACACCAACUUCUUGGAUCGGUGGCUUGAUGGGUUCCUGCUUUCCAGGAUUGGAACGAAUGCGCUUUUUGAUCAGUUCGUGGCGAUUGCAAGCAAGCAAGAUGGAGGCUUGGCCCGCCCGACCGGCAUUACAGAUCCGCGCUGCAACGCAACGAAGGUCUGCGAGCAUGCUGCGCAAAUGUCAGCCUACCUGUGCUACCAGCGCUUCGGCCGCGAGCCGAAGUACACUGUGGAGGACUUCAAGGCUGGUGAGAUUGGGCCGCAAGAGAACUCCCCGUGCCACUUCAGCUACAUUCCUAGCUACCUCAGAUACAUCAUGUGUGAGCUUCUGAAGAACAGCUUCCGAGCAACGCUCAUGACAUCUUCCGGUAUUGAGGACAUUAACAGGCGCCCAGUUCACAUUCGGGUGUGCCGUGAUGAGCAUCAAGUUGCAAUCCUGGUGAGUGAUGAAGCAGGUGGAAUUCCAUUUGAGGUUGGUGACCGCAUCUGGUCCUACAUGUACGGGACUGCUGCUAAAAUGAAGCAGGCCAAAGUUCAACCGGGUGGUAGCCAAAGCGCAGAAAGCACAGAAGAAGAUUUGCUGUCUGGAUAUGGAGUUGGGCUGCCCUGUGCCCGGCUUUAUGCGCGGUAUCUUGGAGGAAAUCUGUCAGUGACCUCCUAUCCGGGAUAUGGGACCCAAGCGCAUCUGCUCUUGCCACGGAUUGACACGGAGCAGGUGGAGGAGCUGCCAGGAUGCAGCUUUCACGAUCCCAUCUGA